GUGAUGGCAAACAACCUUAUCCUGAUGCAAUUUCAACAUGUAUGUUCCCAUCUGUGAGUUUUACCAUUUUGAAAAAUUGGCAACCAAUGGUGCCAAGAUGGUGAUUAUAAGUAAUUACUCAAGACGUGCAUCAACGACAAUGAACAAAGUGAAGAGCCUUGGAUUAGAUCCCUCUGUCUUUGAAGGAGUCAUCACCAGUGGAGAGUUAAUGCAUCAAUACUUCCAAAGGAGAGAUGAUCCUUGGUUUGCAGCACUAGGAAUAGGAAGGUCUUGCAUUCAUAUAACCUGGAGUGACAGGGGUCCUAUCUCUCUCGAGAAGCUGAGUUUGUUUUGGUCCAUGGAACCAAAGCCUUGGGGCUUCCCUCUGGUAACAUCUCCAGUGAGUCUUGAGGAUCUUGAGAAAAUGUUGGAGCAAUGCGCUUCUAAAAGGAUUCCCAUGAUUGUAGCUAAUCUGGACUUUGUGACCGUUGAGGCUAGAGCUUUACUUAUCAUGCCUGGUACAUUGGCUGCUAAAUAUGAAAAGCUUGGUGGUGAAGUGAAAUGGAUGGGGAAGCCUGAUCAGAUAAUAUACAAAUCAGCUAUGGUGAUGGUUGGCGUGGAUGCUUCUGAUUCUAUAGCUGUGGGUGAUUCCCUUCAUUAUGAUAUUAAGGGUGCGAAUGAGGCCAGAAUCGCUUAGGCAUUUAUCACUGGAGAGAUCUAUGCAACUGAGCUUGGACUCAGAAGUAUUGGGCAAGUUGCAGAUACGAGCCCAUGCAUCAUAGCCAAAUAUGAUGCACAUCCAACAUAUGUGUUGCCAGCAUUUGCAUGGUAGAAUCGCACCACAGUAUUUGUUCUUCUUUAUUCUGUUUUCUUACAUUAUUAUUAUGCCUGAAGACAAAGUUUUACAUCAUGCACAAAUGGAAAUGUUGGAAGGGAAAUUAUCCUUACAAAAGAAAUGGCUCUUCAAGUAAAAGAGACACUGCUGGUUUCAAUGUUUACCUUGUGAAUAUUUAGGUCAAAGUUCAAGAUCUUUGAUAUACUUAUUCCUGAAUCUGUGAACAGUAAACUCGUCUGGAUAAAAUGGUUGGGGUUACUUGCUUGGUGUUCAUAACAUGAGUUUAUAUUUUCCGGGUUCCAGGUUUCACUGUCUCUUAAAUGUUGUUUUUAUCUCUUAUAUUUUACUUUAAUAUGCCGAACAGGGUCAAGCGUCAAGAUCGUGUUCAAAUGGUGCUCUUUUGCUAUGGUUGCUGAAUCUUUAUUUCUUUGGUUAAGAAAUCCCAUGUCACAGUUGUAAGUUCUUCAGAUUGGAUCUUGCUGCUUCAAGGUAGUAGAACAAAAGUGCGGAUUUAGUUGUGGACCAUUGAAAAAUUGAAUGCAUUUGACUCUUUGGCUUGUGAUUCUUUGCACACUCAUUGUGACAUCAUGAUUUAAAUUCU